AUGGAUGACAUUUUUGGCAAGAAAAAGGAGGUGGUCCCGAUACUGGACCUCUCGAAGUCGACGGCCACGUCGCGCGAGGAGUUCAAACGGAUGAUCGAGAAGGUGCCGGACUACAAGAUGCGCCCUAUUAAGGUUCGCGCGGACGAGAUCCGGUUCAAGGAGAAGGAGUACGGUUUCAAGAUGCCCAAGAAGGAGCUGAGGAUGCUGAUGAAGAACAGCGGCGAGCGGGACAAGCUGUACACGUACAUGGACCCGAUCCCGGGCGAGAUGCGCAACCUGGUGAUCAUGGAACUGUGCAGUGUACCGAUCGACUGGAAGAUGCUGACCAGUCAGCGGCCGAAGACGAAGGUCGAGGAGGACUACUUCAGCAAACUUGUCGAGCUCGGAAAGUUACAGAUAAAAACGAUCCAGCGGGACAAACGCGAGAAUUUGCUCGCCACCUCCAUCCGCAAGGUGAAGAACCGCUCCGGGAUCAUCGAGUCGCGUGUCUUCACCUGCAACGAGUGUUUGGAGGAGUUUUGCAACGGGAAAACGUGUGCCGACUUCAACUACGACCUCUACACGCGCAUCGUACCGAAGGCGCCACUGCUCAAGACCAACUCCCAGCAACAACUGGCACUGACUGGUGGUGCUGGCGGUGCUGCGGGUGGUGGUGCUGGCCGGAUGCUUGGCGAUAUCAAUCAAAAAAGCGUCGACAGUAACUCCGGAGGAGGAGGCAGCACCGGUGGUGGCAAAAAAGGUCGCAAAGGGGCCCGCAAGAAGUCCAAAUCGAAGGCGAAAUCCGUCGAGGCGGAUGACGAUGGCAAUCAGAGCUCCGGUGGCGGUGCUGGUAAUGGCGCAACGGCCUCCGGUGCCAAUGGUGGUGGCCCCAGUGGUGGGAAGAAGAAGAGUAGAAGGUCUUCAAAAUCCAAGUCGAUGGAAAAAUAA